ACGACAUCCAUCAAAAUCACCAAAAAUGGUUUCUUCAAAACACAACACAACACUCCUCCAACCAUGGCUCAGCGAUCUGAAGGCUGGCUACAACAAAAGUAUAACCACGCGACCAAACUACUACCUCAACUCUCCGUCUAAAACUCUAAUCACAACUUCCAACCUCCACUCCCUCCAUCUCGGCACCGGCGAGUCUAUCCUCAAAUCUUUGAUCCCGUUACUAGAAUCUGCGAAUGAAGAAGUGGUGCUGGUUACUUGUUUUUGGGCCACUUCUGCGAGUCAGAAACUUAUCAAUGAGGUGCUGAAAAUCUUGUCGGAAAAGGCAGUUGCUCGGGACAAGGAAAUUAGAGUAAGGAUAUGCUUCUCAUCAUCGGGAAUUUUACAAAAACUGUUACAUCCGCAGAGUUUGGCGGGAAAGGUGUAUGAGCCCGAAUCAUGGCAGAGUGCUCUUCAACUACCAGCACCAGAAGAAUUGCAAGGUCUGGAUAUGGUGGUCAAGAGUAUCUUUCUCUUGCCAUUUUCAGUCAUGCAUCCGAAAUUCAUCAUCAUAGACAGGAAGAUUGCGGUAUUGCCUAGUUGUAACGUUUCCUGGGAAGACUGGUUCGAGGGCGCUGUUGUGUUGUCAGGAAGUGUCGUAUCUUGCUUUGUGGACUUUUGGAGGGAGUUUUGGGCACAGCAGGAGGAUAGGGAUGAACUUCUCACCAUGACUACGGAUCUGGAGCAGGGGAUUGAUGUCACCAGGAUACCGCAAUCACAACCGGGAAGCUUGCUCUCGCAUACAGCACUGGCCCUAGCGAACGUCACCACGAUAUUCCUGCCUAGCCCACAUAACAGAAACCCUGGCUUUACAUUUCCAUGGCAAGAUUACUCACCGCCGCCUCCGACACCUCUGAAUACAUUCUUCCUCCGCAGUCUUGCUGCUGCGGAAAGAAAUGUAUAUAUCCAAACCCCAAACCUCACGAGUCCCCCAGUACUCACAGCUAUCCUACACACCCUCCAACGCGGCAUCGACAUCCACAUCAUCACCAGCGAACGCCUCAUGAUAUUAGAACAACUAGUAACCGCCGGCACCACAACAUCCCGCUGCAUUUCCCGUCUUGUCUCACGCUACAACACCCUGCUUUCACCCUCCUCUUCCGAUCUCGAAGCCGGUACGCGCCGACCAGGAAAGCUUUCUAUCGGAUACUUUGAACCUAGAAAGCAAGGAGACAGAGAACCUCGACAAAGUCAUUUCAAGUGCACGAUUGUAGAUGAGGAGUUGGUGAUUCUGGGGUCGGGGAACUUGGAUAGGGCGAGUUGGUAUACUAGUCAGGAGUUGGGUUGCGCGUUUUUGGAUAGCGGGUUUGCUGGGAAGUUGAAGGGCGAGUUGGAGAGGGCUUUGGAGGGGAGGGUGAAGCGUGUGCUGUAGAGAGUUGGUGGUGGGAGGGAACAGUAUGAGGGCUGUGUUGAGAAGAUACGAGGAAGCGAGCGAUGCCAAGAGGGCGAGUAAAGACCAUUCAUCUAUAAAGAAAAAGAGAGGGAAGGAGAGAGAGGACGAAGGUCUGUCAAGACAGUAAGACGAGUGGCGAAAGACCAUGAGAAAAGCAGAGAUAGACCACGCAUUGUGGACCCUCGACCUUAUACACAGAACAUACAUCAAGCACUUGCUCAACCACACCAUCAACUCAUUUUGGCAAAGACAUUUUGAACCUUUAUCUUUUUGGCAUGAAAAAAACCUACGAAACGAGUCUUUUUUCUUUGGUUGGACGAAACGCCGAUUAUACCCUGCACUCCGUCGAACCGACUCCAUUCGUCCCUCGC